GCUCCAUGCGCCCCGGGAUCUGGCGGAGGCAACAUGAGGAGCGGCUGCGGCAGCAGGGCUGUCCCUACUCUGCUCCUCCUGCUGGCAUUGGGGGCCCGAGCGGGCAGAGGCCCGACACUGUCCCCCACAGACUGCGAGGAGAACCAGUUUCAGUGCAAGAACCUCAGAUGUAUCCCAUCCCUGUGGAGAUGUGACGAAGAUGAUGAUUGCUCUGAUAACAGCGAUGAGGAAGGCUGCCCUAAAAAAUCCUGCGCCGAGACGGACUUCACCUGUAACAGCGGCCAUUGCGUCCCCGAGCACUGGAAAUGCGACGGGGAAGAGGAGUGUCCCGAUGGAAGCGACGAGGCGGAAGCUACUUGCAGCGGAUUGAAGAGCAUGUGUUCUGCGCAGAAGUUUAGCUGCGGUGGAUCCAGCAAUAAAUGCAUCCCACUGUCCUGGAGAUGUGAUGGAGAGCAGGACUGUGAGAGCGGCAUCGAUGAAAGGGGCUGCCUCGUUGGCUGCUCGCGCACAGAGUUCCAGUGCGGUAACAAGUCUUGCAUCUCCUCGCUCUUUGUUUGUGACGGCACCGCGAACUGCCCCGAUGGCAGCGACGAGAAGGACUGCUCCCCCUUGACUUGCAAACCAGGAGAAUUCCGAUGCGGGAAGGCCGACUGCAUCUCGGAGAAGUGGGUGUGCGAUGGGCAGCCGGACUGCGCCGACGAGUCCGACGAGUCUGAGGUUAUCUGCGGCCUGAAGAUCCAGCCGCAGACCGUUACGCAGUGCGGGGCGCACGAGUUCCGCUGCGAUAACGGCGCAUGCAUUCAGCUGAGCUGGAGAUGCGAUGGGGACGAGGACUGCAAAGACAAAUCUGAUGAGCUGAAUUGCCCCCUGGUGACGUGCCGCCCAGAUGAAUUCCAGUGUGGAGACGGAUCGUGCAUCCACGGCAUGAAACAGUGUAACGGAAUCCGAGACUGUCCGGACAGCAGCGACGAGGCCGGGUGUUUGAGUGCAGCCGAAUCUCCCUGUGACACAGCGUUAAGGUUUCGCUGUAAGAGUGGGGAGUGUAUCGACAGCAUUAAAGUGUGCGAUACCCACAAAGAUUGCCGAGACUGGUCUGAUGAGCCAAGUGAAUGCGAUAUAAAUGAGUGUUUAGUUAAUAACGGGGGCUGUUCGCAUGUCUGCAAAGACCUGAAAGUGGGGUAUGAGUGCGACUGCCCCUUGGGGUACAAGCUCAUCGACAAGAAGACCUGUGGAGAUAUUGAUGAGUGUGAAAACCCAGAUACCUGCAGCCAAAUCUGUAUCAACUAUAAGGGCUAUUACAAGUGUGAAUGUUACGAGGGCUACGAGAUGGACAGCGUAUCCAAGACCUGCAAAGUGGAGGGUCAAAGCCCAUACCUCAUCUUCACAAAUCGCCAUGAACUACGCCAGAUUGACCUGGUGCGCAGAGACUACUCCCGCCUGGCCUCUCAACUUAAAAACGUUGUAUCUUUAGAUGUAGACGUGAUCAGGAAAAGGAUAUACUGGUGCGACCUUUUCUACCGGAGGAUAUACAGUGCUCCCCUGGAUCGUGCUAUGGACCCAUCAGAGCAUGUGGUGUUGAUCAACACCCAGCUGCACUCCCCUGAGGGCCUGGCUGUGGACUGGAUCCAUAAGAACAUUUACUGGACUGACUCCGGGAAUAAGACCAUCUCUGUGGCAACUACGGAUGGUUGCAAACGGAAGACGUUGUUUAACCAUGGCCUGGGUGAACCUAGAGCCAUCACCGUGGACCCUGCGCAAGGGUUCAUGUUCUGGUCGGAUUGGGGGGACCCUGCCAAGAUUGAGAAGGCUGGACUGAAUGGAGGGGACCGUCAGGUGCUGGUAUCUGACGGGAUAGAGUGGCCCAAUGGAAUAACGUUAGAUCUGAUGAACCGCCGCCUGUACUGGGUAGACUCCAAGCUCCACACGCUCUCCAGUGUCGACUUCAAUGGCACCAACAGAAAACUUCUCAUUGCCUCAGAAAAUGAAUUGAGCCACCCUUUUGGCCUGGCAGUGUUUGAGGACAAGGUGUUUUGGACUGAUCUGGAGAAUGAAGCCAUCUUCAGUGCGAACCGACUGACUGGGCGAGAGAUCUCCAUCCUUACAGAGAACCUGAACAAUCCUCACGAUCUUGUAGUUGUCCAUCAGCUCAAACAACCAAAAGCCGUUGAUGCCUGUAACCAGGGUCCACUUCCGAAUGGAGGCUGUGAAUACCUGUGCCUUCCUGCCCCUCAGAUCUCCAUUCACUCACCCAAAUACACAUGCUCCUGUCCAGAUGGAGUCGAGCUGGGACCAGACAUGAGAAGCUGUGGAAAAGUCAUUGCAGCAACUCCUGUUGCGACUCUACCUCCUUUUACGGCUGAGAGGGAAUCUCCCACUGCAGACUCCACUCCAUCUCAGGUGACCAGUUCUCCUGCUCCAUCAACGAUUGCACUUGCCACCACUACCAUAGACACUACCGAGGCUACAAGUAAUCACUCCCUUGGGACCAGCAGCCACCAAACUACCUCUACAUUCAGCCACGUGGACGUGAAGAUUAAAGCCACAGAGAACAGCAACAUGUCCAAGCACUAUGAAAACAGUGCCUCUGAUCUCGGGUCCACCCUGACUGCUGCAGUGAUUGGCGUAGCUGUGCCUGUUGCUGUGCUUGCCCUCCUCUGUCUUUCGGGAUUCCUCAUCUGGAGAAAUUGGAAACGAAAGAACACAAAGAGUAUGAAUUUCGACAAUCCGGUUUACCGGAAGACCACGGAGGAGGAGGAAGAGGAAGAAGAGGAGAUACACAUCGGGCGGUCUUCACAGAUUGGCCACGUCUAUCCUGCUAGAGUGGCGUUGAGUCUGGAAGAUGAUGGCUUACCAUGACGACGACAACAAAAA